UUGUCGUUCUUUGAUAUGGAGUUUCAUGAAACUUUGAGAAUUAAGAAGGUUGUGUUUUCUCCCCGAGAAAAUGGCAGAGCACGCCCGUUGUGUGCUACCAUGUGGCGAUUGAUCGAGAUGAUGAUUGGGUUGUUACGGAGGUGAUCCAAUCAACGUUUCAUACAUUAGGUCACGCUGACCAGACAUGACAGACACGACAUUACUCUCUUCUGGCGGGAGCAAACUGUGGCUAGGCUUAGUGCCGGGCCAAUCCCUGUGAGCUGGGAUGCACCCAGUGUCAGGACGAUGCCGAUUUUGGUUAACUCUCUUCCAUGUCCACCAGAAAUCUCUGUUCGCGAAUUCUCCGUCGAAUCUCAAUGCUCACAAUGUAGCCGAUCAUGUGAGACAUUUGGCCUCUGUAUCUGGAGGUGAAUCGACGAGGAAAUGUGCAGAAAAAGCGUUAGAUGUGCUGAAGGUGGGCUUCAGUAUUACCAAGUCGCACGAAGAAAUAGCCAUAGCUGAUGAGCGGAAGAAUCACACCUAUGGAGAGAUUUUGCACUCCAGUUUUCAGCUCUCUUUACUGCUACGGUCACUGUUCCGUGAGGAGAGGCUGUUGUCGGUUUCAAAUGCGUCUAACAAAGCCGAUGGAGCUGGGGGUAACGAUGCACAGCAAGAAGCAUCUAAAACUCUUGCGGUGUACAUGGAAAUUGCUGCUAAGAAUGAAGUGGUGGUGGUGGCUACUGAGAGAGCCAAGAAUGUGAACAUCUUGGAGGGUGCUCGUGUAGGCAUCAUGGGAAAACCCUGUGCUGAAUUUGUAGCUGGGAUGUGGGGUACCUGGCUUAGUGGAGCUGUGGCGGUACCUCUGGCACUAAACCACCCAGAAGCUGAGUUACUUCAUGUCCUUUCUGAUGCGGGUGUCUCUAUCGUCUUAGCCACUGAGGAUUAUCGGGACCUCCUUGAACCGGUGGUCAAAAAGUGUUGUGCUCGUUUGUACUUGCUCCCGUCAGCAACUAGUUUUCACAGCAACCUGUCUAAUACACAAGAACAUGGGCUCCUAUCUAUUGAGCAAAUGGAGCGAGAGAUUCAAAAGGUGUCUUCUAUCAUUCGAGGGGAGCAGGCAGCACUAAUCAUUUAUACGAGUGGGACUACUGGAAAGCCGAAAGGAGUUGUUCAUACGCAUGCCAGUAUUGGAGCUCAGGUGAAAAUGCUGGCAAAAGCGUGGGAAUAUUCUCCCAAGGAUCGGUUUCUUCAUUGUCUCCCUUUGCAUCAUGUGCAUGGGUUGGUCAACAUUUUGCUUGCGCCUUUGUUCGUAGGUGCUACGGUUGAAUUUUUGCCCAAGUUUAGCACACAGCAAGUGUGGCGCAGGUGGCAAGAAUCGUAUUCGAACCCAGAGACGCCAGCUAAUGAUGCUGUGACGGUUUUCAGCGGGGUGCCAACUAUAUAUGCACGUCUUCUGCAAGCCUAUGAACUCAUGGAUGGAGACUUUCAGAAGUCAUGCUCCUUGGCUGCAAAGAAUUUGCGCCUCAUGAUGUGUGGAUCGUCGGCCCUGCCGCAACCAGUGAUGGAAAAGUGGGAAAAGGUGACAAGUCAUCGUCUUCUUGAAAGAUACGGGAUGACAGAGUUUGGUAUGGGACUGUCCAACCCUCUCCAUGGUGACAGAAAGCCAGGUUUCGUUGGUGAGCCUUUGCCUGGUGUAGAGGUAUUGAUUGUUGACGACGAAGGCACGGCGACAGGUGUAGGAAAUCUAUGCAUCAGAAGUCCAGGAAUGUUCAGUGAAUAUUGGAAUUUGCCGCAGGUUACUGAGAAGUCUUUCACGGAGGAUGGCUUCUUCGAAACUGGAGACACGGUUACCAAAGAAGGUGGCUAUUACAAAAUUCUUGGACGGACAAGCGUGGAUAUUAUUAAGUCGGGAGGCUAUAAAAUCUCCUCACUUGAAAUUGAAGCUGUACUCCUUCAGCAUCCCGUAAUCGCAGAGUGUGCAAUUCUUGGUGUGCCUGACAAUGACUAUGGGGAAAUUAUUUCGGCUAUAAUUGUUCCACACGAAGCAGCAGCUGAAGCAGCUGCUGCCAAAUGGGAGCCUGUUCUUACUUUGCAAGCCUUGCGUGAAUGGGCACGCCCUCUGCUAGCUUCCUAUAAGAUCCCUCAGCAUUUGCUAGUCUGGAAAUUCCUUCCACGCAAUGCCAUGGGCAAGGUAAACAAGAAAGACUUGAGGACUUCAAUUCUCAGGGGGUUGCCAUAGACAAGCAUUUCGAAUCCCAGUUUAGGAACCUCUUGGUCGUCAAGACUGGUCAAUUACUUCUCCAGUGUGUUGGUUCAUAUUAGCAAAGGUAUGACAAUCAGAGAGUAGAUGCUAAUCUCUCCAUGUCAACGUUGACCAAUCUGAGUUGAUCAAUUUUAUGCUUGGAUUUGGCUCAUGCCUGAGCUGAUUCAUUACAUCAGCUUAUUACUUGGAUUUGAAGCCAUCUCGAGCAAACAACACUUCUUGUAUCGAUC